AUGAGGAAAGUGGUGUUGGUCACCGGGGCAGACAGUGGCAUUGGCCUAGCCUUCUGCAAGCGGCUGCUGGCGGAAGACGAUGAGCUUCACCUGUGUCUGGCGUGUAGGGAGAUGUGUAAAGCGGAACCUGUCCGAGAUGAUCUGCUGGCCUCUCACCCCACAGCUGAGGUCACCAUUGUGGAAGUGGAUGUUAGCAACCUGCGGUCGGUGUUCCGGGCCUCCAAGGAGCUCAAGCAAAGGUUUCAGAGAUUAGAUUAUGUAUAUCUAAAUGCUGGAAUUUUACUUAAUCCUCGGCUGAAAAUAAAAGAGCUUUUCUCUGGCCUCUUUUCCAGAAAAAUGAUUCAUAUGUUCUCGACAGCUGAAGGACUGCUGACCCAGGAUGACAACAUCACAGCUGAUGGGCUCCAAGAGGUGUUUGAAACCAAUGUUUUUGGCCACUUUAUCCUGGUUCAAGAGCUGGAACCUCUCCUCUGUCACCCUGACAGUCCAUCUCAGCUCAUCUGGACGUCGUCCUGUAGCGCCUUGAGAUCCAACUUCAGCCUUGAGGACUUCCAGCACAGCAAAGGCCAGGAACCCUACAGCUCCUCCAAAUACGCGACUGACCUCUUGAGCGUGGCUUUGAACAGAAACUUCAACCAGCGGGGCCUGUAUUCCAGUGUGGUGUGUCCAGGGGCUGUGAUGACCAACCUGACGUAUAGAAUUCUGCCUCCUUUCAUAUGGAUGCUGCUGUUGCCGGUCAUACUGUUGCUGCGCUUUUUUGUGAACUCUUUCACGAUGACACCUUAUAAUGGAGCAGAAGUACUGUUAUGGCUGUUCCAGCAAAAGCCCGAGUCUCUGAACCCGCUCAUCAAAUACCAUAGUGCUACCACAGGCCUUGGAAACAAUUAUAUAAAUCCCCAAAAGAUGGACGUGGAUGAAGACACUGCUGAAAAAUUUUACCAAAAUUUGCUAGCCCUUGAAAAACGUGUUAGGGCCACCAUUCAAAUCCAAUAGCCAAAGCUGACGAUGAAGCUCCUGAAACAUGACCACCUCCCACUGG